UUACGAAAGGCAGUCAGGCGCACAUUCCUGACACUGAAUCAUCUAUUCCUAUCCGUGCACCCCUCAAGACCACUGGCAUUCUGGAUGGCCAGUAUAAGUUUGAGGAGUUGACUCCUGCCAUUGGACGGGUGUACCCUACGGCUCAGCUCAAGGACAUCAUCCAUAACGAGAAGGCAGAUGAGCUAAUCCGUGACCUGGCGAUUACCAUUUCCCGUCGCGGAGUUGUCUUUUUCAAAGGCCAAGAACUCUCACCUGAGGAUCAAAAAUAUCUCACUGAUCGCCUGGGACAUCUUACCGGUAAGCCUGCAACGUCUGGUCUUCACAUCCACCCUGUGUACAACUCUCAACGCGAGAGCCAGGACUCGGUUGUCGACGACAAAGGCACUCGGAACAACGAUCUCGAAAUUAGUGUUAUUUCGAGCAACUUGCACCGGUCGCUUGGUGUGGCUCCGCGCUCUGGAGCCGAUGAAUGGCACAGUGACAUUACCUUUGAGCCUGUCCCUGCUGACUACACUUCCUUGAAAGUGCACACCCUGCCUCACACUGGAGGUGAUACUCUCUGGGCAAGUGGUUACGAAACGUUUGACCUUCUUUCUGCACCUUUCAAAAAGCUCCUGGAGGGUCUCACUGGUUUCUUUUAUCCUCCUGGUUUCCUGAGGUCCGCCAAGGAGCACGGCUAUCCGUUGCACCCGGGUCCUCGUGGUGCAGCUGAAAACGUCGACACGCACCUGUCUGCCGAACAUCCUUUCAUCCGUACAAACCCCGUUACUGGAUGGAAGUCUAUCCUUGGCUUCGGCCAGCACCUUGACCAUAUCAAGGAUGUUAGCCGUGAUGAAAGCGACCUGAUCAAGAAAUACGUCCGUGACCUCGUCACUCAGAAUCACACUACGCAGGUCCGCUACCGCUGGAGCAAGAACGACCUUGCUAUUUGGGACAACCGCUCGACCUACCACGCUGCGACGCCCGACUAUUUCGACAUCGGUCCUCGCUCUGGUGUCCGUGCAGUGUCCUGUGGAGAGCGUCCUUACUUUGACCCGAACAGCAAGUCGCGUCGCGAGGAGCUGCAGGGCAAAGUGAACUAG